AUGGACACCGAGAAGCAAAACCCAUUGGCUUCCCACAAUGAUGAAGCGCUCCGCGUGGCCGAUACGGCCGUGGAGCUUGCGCACGGCGUCGACGACACGGUCUACUCGCCCUGGAGCAAGGGCCUGCUGAGCCUCUACCUCGUCCUCAUCAUCCCGUACCUGUGCGGGACCCUGAACGGCUACGACGGCAGUCUGAUGGGCGGCAUUAUUGUCAUGAAGUCCUACCAGGCCGUGUUCAAUAUCGGGCUCGAGGGACACGAGGCCGGCAUCGUCAACGCCAUGUACAACAUCGGCUCGGUGGCUGCCGUGUUCUUCACCGGCCCCAUCAACGACUACUUCGGCCGGAGGCCCGGCAUGUGGACCGGCUCCAUGUUCAUCAUCGUGGGCACCAUCGUCCAGGCACUCUCGUGGGGGCUGAGCCAGUUCCUGGGAGGCCGCUUCCUGCUGGGCUUUGGCGUCAGCUUCUGUUGCGUCUCGGCGCCGACAUAUGUCAGCGAAAUGGCGCACCCACGCUGGCGCGGCACAAUCACGGGCUUGUACAACUGCACAUGGUACAUUGGCUCCAUCAUCGCCUCGUGGACUAUCUACGGCUGUUCCUACCUCGAGAGCCCGGACGCGUGGCGCUACCCCGUGUGGAUCCAGAUGGUCACCUCGGGCCUCGUGUUCCUGGGCGUGUUCCUGAUCCCCGAGUCGCCCCGCUGGCUGGCAGCCCAGGACAAGUACGACGAGGCGGCCAAGAUCCUGGCGAGGUACCACGGCGAGGGCAGCCUUGAGCACCCGAUGGUCCAGCUGCAGCUCCGCGAGAUGGGCCAGCAGAUCAAGUCCGACGCCAGCGACAAGCGGUGGUGGGACUAUAGCGAGCUCUGGAACAGCCACAGCGCCCGGCGCCGCCUCAUUUGCGUCAUCGGCAUGGCGUGCUUUGGGCAGAUCAGCGGCAACUCGCUGUCGAGCUACUACAUGGGCGCCAUGCUCAAGAACGCGGGCAUCACAGACGAGCACAAGGUGCUGGCGCUGAACGGCGUCAACCCGGUGCUAUCCUUUAUCGGCGCUGUCACGGGUGCGCGCAUGACAGAUGUCGUUGGCCGCCGCCCGCUGCUGUUGUACACCAUCGUUUUUGCCUCGGUGUGCUUCGCCAUUAUUACAGGCACCAGCAAGAUGGCCACCGACGACCCCUCGCAGUCCGCUGCCGCCAACGCCACCAUCGCCUUCAUCUUUAUUUUUGGCAUCGUCUUCUCUUUCGGCUGGACGCCCCUGCAGUCCAUGUAUAUCGCCGAGACGCUGCCCACCGCCACUCGCGCCAAGGGCACCGCGGUCGGCAACCUCGCCUCCGCUGCCGCCUCGACCGUUAUCCAGUACUCGUCUGGUCCGGCCUUUGCAGCCAUCGGCUACUACUUCUACCUGGUCUUCGUGUUCUGGGACCUCAUCGAGGCUGUCGUCAUCUAUCUGUUCUGGCCCGAGACUAAGGACCGCACCCUCGAGGAGCUGAGCGAGGUCUUCGAAGCGCCCGACCCCGUCAAGAAGAGCUUGGAGAAGCGCAGCGCCCAGACGGUGCUCAACACGCUCCAUGUUGCUCACGAUGCCAAGGUGGCCGAGGUGUAG